AUGGCCUCAAAAAUUUUAAAAUUUUCCGGUCAUAAUUAUUUUAGACAAAGAUUGGUUCUCGCUACUUUAAGUGGGAAAACCGUUAAAAUUAAUAAAAUUCGUUCAGACGAUAAUGAUCCUGGAAUAAAUGAUUUUGAAGCAAAUUUUUUAAGAUUAUUGGAUAAAGUUACAAAUGGAUCAAUUAUUGAGAUCAAUUAUACAGGUACAAGUGUAUUAUUUAAACCUGGUAUAAUUGCAGGUGGAAGGAUAAGUCAUGACUGUGGUACAGCUCGUGCAAUUGGAUAUUUCUUAGAACCGAUGAUUGCAUUAGCACCUUUUGCAAAAGAUCCAUUUAAUCUUACAUUUUUUGGAAUAACAAAUGAUAAUGUGGACAUAUCGAUGGAUAUUAUGCGAACGGCUGUUCUGUUACAACUUAAAAGAUUUGGUAUAGAAGAAGGCUUGGAAUUGAAGAUUACUAAACGUGGUGCUCCACCACUCGGUGGUGGUGAAGUCAAUUUCAAGUGUCCAAUCGUAAAAGCUCUUAAACCGAUACAGUUCACUGAUGAAGGUCGGAUAAAACGUAUCCGUGGUAUCGCAUGUUGCACACGUGUAUCACCUCAAAAUGCUAAUAGGAUGGUGGAUGCUGCAAGAUCAGUACUGAAUAGAUAUAUUCCCGAUGUGUACAUAUAUACAGAUGUUUAUAAAGGUGAAGAAUCUGGAAAAUCGCCAGGAUUUGCACUUUCUUUGGUUGCCGAAUCAACAACAAGUGCUCUUAUAAGUGCGGAACAAGCAGCAAAUCCAGGUGAAACACCAGAAGAUAUCGGAAAACGAACCGCGAAACUUUUGCUUUCUGAAAUACGUAAAGGUGGAUGCAUCGGUUCGCCGAAUCAAUGGUUGAUGCUUUUAUUUAUGGUCUUGAGCCCAGAAGAUGUAUCAAAAAUUAGAUUAGGACAAUUGACUGCUUUCACGUAA